AUUGUCUCUCUUUUUCAUGUCCCACCGGCCGUAUACUUGUAUUAGAAUAGGACAUGAUUCUCAAACAACAUCUUUAACAAACACAAACUAAAAAAUAAUUUUUUUUAGUGUCAGAACUGUGCCGCUAACACACCAAGUGCAGGACCCUUGUCCAGAGGGACAUCCCCAGAAUGCCUAAUUUCAAGUCCUCUGUUUUCGUCUUCCUCUUUAGCUUCCUCUUCUUCUUUCUCAGUGAAGCAGCUCCGAUUUACAGCUCUCAUGCCUGCACAGAUUCCGUCAAAUACCGGCCAAAUUCCACAUUUCAGAUCAACCUCAACCUCCUCCUCUCCUAUCUCUCAUCCAACGCCACCCAAGGCAGCCAUUUCUUCCGAACACGACUAGGCGACGGUACUGCCAACGUCAUCAACGGCCUCUUCCUCUGCCGCGGGGACACCCUUGCCGCAACCUGCGGUGAUUGCGUUUCCACCGCAGCUGGAGAGAUAAAACGCCGUUGCCCAGUUCAGAAAGAGGCCAUAAUCUGGUACGACGUUUGCAUGCUUCGAUACUCCCACGAAUCUCUCAACAACAUCGUACCUUCCACUGACCUGUCUAAUACGAAGAACGUAGCUCCGGAGGAUAAGGAGAGGUUCAAUGAGUUGCUGGCCGGUAUGCUAAAUUCUCUGGCGGAUAAAGCUGUGAUUUCUCAGAAGGAGAAAUUUGAGACGAAGGAAGUGAACUUCACAAGAACAGAGAAGUUGUUCGGAUUAGUACAGUGCACGCCGGAUCUGACGGCGUUUGACUGCAAUAUGUGUUUGAGAAGCGCCAUCGCCUCUGUUCCGAACUGCUGUGACGGAAAAAGGGGAGCGACGGUGUUGCUUCCUGGCUGCAACAUCAGAUAUGAAUUCUUUCCAUUUUUCAAUACCACCCCAUCAUCGAAUCCUCCCGCCGUUCAAUCUCGUCCUUCAGGAAGGAGCCAUGUUUCAGUGAUUCUUGGAUUCAUCAUCCCAAUUGUUGCUUCGGCAACACUUUUUGCCUUCGGCUUCUGUUCUUUCGCUGGAAAACAAGGAAGAUAUAUGCUAGUGUUGUGUAGGAAAACGAAUUUGCCUGAAGUAUAAUCGUAUGGAUGAGGGGUGGCAUGACUCGGAAGAAAAUUUGGGAAGUUAAAAAUUAGGACAAAAUAUUAAUGAAAGUUCAGCCCAAGACUGAGCUUUGGAAGAGCCUGGGAAGUGCCACCUGCCGCAGUGAGGUAGGAGGAGAAGUUGCGUCUGAUGGAAGGGCAGCAGCCUGAGUUUUAGUUUGAAGUAUUUGUUUUGUAUAUGCAUUGACCAUUGACCAGUGUAUAUUUCACUGAAAAUUGCUAAUUAUAAAACAUUGUAACAAA